UCAAACCCCUCCACUUUCCACUAUACUAUUGGUGUUUUGACACAUCAUUUUUCAUUUUUUUCAUUCAUAUAUCAACUUGUUGCACAUUGCUCAAUAUAUAUUCUUUAUUUUUAUUUUUAUUUUUAUUUUACACAAUAUUCUUUAUUAUUUUUAAUACCUUAUAUAUAUGGACACAUAUAUAAUAUGCUAGCAUGUUGAUUUUGUAGAGAGAAAUUAGAAAGGAAGAAGAUAGUGUAAGUGUUGAAAGGAGAAAUAUGGGAGAGAUUGGAGAAAUGAAUGAAGAGUUGCAAAGCAUUUAUUUGUCCAAUAUGGAUGAAGCACCUGCAAGAAGACUUGCUCGUGAGGUUUUCAAAGAUAUUCAGCUUAACAUUGAUCAUUGCUUAUUUAAGUUACCAGCUGAUGGAGUGAAGAUGGAAGAGGUUUAUGAAGUAAACUCAAGAGGAUUAAAAGUAUUCUCUAAAAGUUGGCUACCAGAAAAAUCUCCUUUGAAAGCAAUUGUUUGUUAUUGUCCUGGUUAUGCAGACACUUGCACAUUUUACUUUGAAGGAGUUGCAAGGAAAUUAGCAUCAUCUGGAUUUGGAGUAUUUGCAAUGGAUUACCCUGGAUUUGGUCUUUCUGAUGGUCUUCAUGGUUAUAUUCCUAGCUUUGAAAAUCUAGUCAAUGAUGUCAUUGAGCAUUUUUCAAAAAUAAAAAAACAAUUGGAAUAUCAUCAUUUACCAAGCUUCUUAUUAGGUGAGUCUAUGGGAGGAGCAAUUGCUUUGAAAAUUCACUUCAAACAACCUACUGAAUGGGAUGGAGCUGCACUUAUUGCACCUUUGUGCAAGUUUGCAGAGGAUAUGAUUCCACAUUGGUUGGUGAAGCAAAUACUAAUUGGUGUAGCUAAGGUUCUUCCCAAAACUAAGUUAGUUCCACAAAAGGAAGAAGUGAAAGAGAAUAUAUAUAGAGAUAUGAGAAAGAGAAAAUUGGCUCCCUAUAAUGUGUUAUUCUACAAGGAUAAACCAAGACUUGGAACUGCAUUGGAGUGUCUUAAAGCCACACAAGAGAUAGAACAACGAUUGGAAGAAGUAUCUCUACCAUUAUUGAUCAUGCAUGGAGAAGCUGAUAUAAUAACUGAUCCAUCAGCUAGCAAAGCAUUGUUCCAAAAAGCUAAAGUCAAAGACAAGAAACUCUGUCUCUAUAAAGAUGCUUUCCAUACUCUUCUAGAAGGUGAACCAGAUGAAACUAUAUUUCAUGUGCUUGAUGAUAUUGUAUCUUGGCUUGAUGAUCAUAGCACCACAAAAAACAAAGUUUAAGCAUCUUGUUAAUUUGUAAUGAUAAUUUGUUUGCUACAAAACAAGCUAUUAACACAACUACUUUAGCUUAUGUAUGUAUUCAUGUUUUAUCUCAUGAGAACUAGUCAAAUUUUCAUUUAAAUGUUUAAUGCUUGAAAGCAAUCUACAUGUGCUUGGUUGCAUGUA